GACAGAAGAGCGCACUGGCUUUGUCUGUAGUCGGCUCGUUUCUUCUGUAUCUACACCUUUCAUUGUGUAGUAUUUAAUAUUUCAGAAGGUCUACCGCACACACACACAGACCAGAUAUGCCGACACGAACACUCGCUCUAAAAGCAACAGAGUCUUCGGCAGAGAUAUCUCGUUCUAGCAAUCGAGUUCCACUGGAGGCUUUACAAAUGUUGACGCAAAGUGUCUCAAAGUGUAAUCAAGAGUAUAUCCAACCACUUCCAUUCAAGGUACCUAGCUCGAUAUUUUAAAAUAUCUCACCGAGGUUUAAUAGAUAUCGAGUUAUGCCCAGCCAACCCCUUGGUAAAUUUAUGAUUAAUUUUUACGACUUACCUUUUUAACUCAAGCGGUGUUAUUUUAUUUUUUUAUUGACUGUCAGGAUGAAGACCAAAAGAAAUCUCCUUUGGCCCUGCUAGCGGCGACUUGCAGCAGCAUUGGCAAAACCGAGCCAUCAAAGGAAACAGCAGAAGAUAACGCAUCUCGAGACCGAAAGAUAAGCGACGACGAAACCAGAUCUUCCUUCAAACCGUACAAACACACCGCCGGCGAAAAAGUCGACGACAUGAACAACGAAAAGGCAGGUUUUCGAGCUCCGAGUAAGGAAAAUAAUACCUCUCUUUCGCCUGUUACGAGCGGCAAAGAGGAACGAGUGAAAAGUACAUCGCUUCAGUACCCGUCGAGCGAUGACAGCCAAUGUGGAAACCACUCCGCGUCUCAAAAUAGGGUUUGUGGUACGUUUUUUGAUCCAAGCCAACAGGCCUUUGGCGUUCAUACAUUGCACAAAGACUACGGUGCUGGUUGUGUCCAUCCAGCAUCAAUUUUGCCGUUCAAGACCGGAACUAUACAACCUUAUCCCAUGCCAACAGGGCAAGAUCCAGUCUCUCCUAGUCUUAAAACCCAUGGUUUGGCAUCGUCUAUGCCGCUCAAUUUCCCGACUAGUUUUCCUCAAUGUGGCUGUGGCUAUUGCUCUCCGCACCCUGGGGACGCAUCCCCAGCGCUGAGCAGCAUCGGUGCUGGACGACACCAGUUCCAACUACAUAGCCCGGGAAGCACACCUUACAUGGACUAUCUUCAAAGAACUGUGUGCCGUGAUGUGAAUUGCACGAACUGUAAACCGCAGUUUUCGCCGUAUGCAUUUCCAAGUCCUAUGCCACAGUGUGGACCCCACUGUACGCAGUGCGACAAUGUCAAAACAGAGCAAAACCUACAAUCGUCUUUUUCAUGUUUUGGAUACCCACAUAGCAUGGCACUGUACAAACCUGGUACAACGGACGAGGCCUCCCCGUACGUCUGUAACUGGGUGGCGGGGAGCAAACACUGUGGAAAAUCGUUCACAACUUCGGAAGAUUUAUUUCAACAUCUGCGAACCCACACUCAGGCUAGUACGCAAGGAAGUUCACCAUAUGCACAAACGAAUUGUAACAUUCACGGAUGUCCAUGCAAGUUAAGAACAAGUCCAUUACAGUCGAACCUACAUUCCGCGAGAUAUCGACCCUAUUAUUAUAAGCCACCGGUAUUUCCACCGGCCCCCACAAGUUGCUAUUCACCGUAUCCACUACAUGCUUACGAAGCGCACAGACUUUUCAAAUGAAUGAUAAAGAAAAAUAGCUGGCUAGUUUGGAAAUUAUGCAUUUGAAACUUGUAAAAAAAAUACGUUCUUUAUUUGUGUGAAGUCAAUGACGAGUGCUUGUAUGAAUUUGGAGUUAGCGGAAACUGUUCUGGUGAUUCUAGUGAUUUUUAAACAAAGGCGAAACAGAGCACUCGAGAUGCUAACUGUUGUAUAUGAGGAAAUAUGGAUGGUUUGGGUGUUAAUAAGGAUAUAUUUUCCCGUAUUCUUUCGCGGAUAUUAUUGUUGGUUUAAUGGGAGAAUAAUUCUAGCACUUAGAAUAAAAAGCUCAAUGGUUUCGGCGACAACCAUUCGGCGCGCAAGUGUAAAGUUUGUAAGAUAAAGGGAAAUGCGUGUACUCAAUGAAUAAAACAUGUUAUUUUAGGUU